CCCGUCUCCUGCCGCCGACUGGACCGGAGGAGGACGGGCCUCUGCGUGGCGCGGCUCCCCACCCCCCUGGCACAGUGGGGGGCGCCGGGAUCCCGACGCCUCGGUUCGAGUGGGACGCGGGGAGUGAUACCCGAGGAUGUGGGUGCCCAGGUGCCAGGUGACGCGCUAGGAACCGCUGCUGCUGGCUGAACUCAAGCCCGGGCGCCCCCACCAGUUCGAUUGGAAGUCGAGCUGUGAAACCUGGAGCGUCGCCUUCUCCCCGGAUGGUUCCUGGUUCGCCUGGUCUCAAGGACACUGCAUCGUCAAGCUGAUCCCCUGGCCACUGGAGGAGCAGUUCAUCCCUAAAGGGUUUGAAGCCAAAAGCCGAAGCAGCAAAAAUGACACAAAAGGGCGAGGCAGCCCGAAGGAGAAGACGCUGGACUGUGGGCAGAUUGUCUGGGGCUUGGCCUUCAGCCCGUGGCCUUCUCCACCUAGCAGGAAGCUCUGGGCGCGCCACCACCCCCAAGUGCCAGAUGUCUCUUGCCUGAUCCUUGCUACAGGGCUCAACGAUGGGCAGAUCAAGAUUUGGGAGGUCCAGACAGGGCUCCUGCUUUUGAAUCUUUCUGGCCACCAAGACGUCGUGAGAGAUCUGAGCUUCACACCCAGUGGCAGUUUGAUUCUGGUCUCUGCGUCUCGAGAUAAGACUCUGCGCAUCUGGGACCUGAAUAAACAUGGUAAACAGAUUCAGGUGUUAUCAGGCCACCUGCAGUGGGUUUACUGCUGCUCCAUCUCACCAGACUGCAGCAUGCUGUGUUCUGCGGCCGGAGAGAAGUCGGUCUUUCUGUGGAGCAUGCGGUCCUACACGUUAAUCCGGAAGCUAGAGGGCCACCAAAGCAGCGUUGUCUCUUGUGACUUCUCCCCCGACUCUGCCUUGCUUGUCACGGCUUCUUACGAUACCAAUGUGAUCAUGUGGGACCCCUACACUGGCGAGAGGCUGAGGUCACUCCACCACACCCAGCUCAGCUCCCCCAUGGAUGACAGUGACGUCCACAUAAGCUCCCUGAGAUCUGUGUGCUUCUCCCCCGAAGGCUUGUACCUCGCCACAGUGGCUGAUGACAGGCUCCUCAGGAUCUGGGCUCUCGAACUGAAAACUCCAAUUGCAUUUGCUCCUAUGACCAAUGGUCUUUGCUGCACAUUUUUUCCACAUGGUGGAGUUAUUGCCACAGGGACAAGGGAUGGCCAUGUCCAGUUCUGGACAGCUCCUAGGGUCCUGUCAUCACUCAAGCACUUAUGCCGGAAAGCCCUUCGAAGUUUCCUGACAACGUACCAAGUGCUAGCACUGCCAAUCCCCAAAAAGAUGAAAGAGUUCCUCACGUACAGGACUUUUUAAGCCAUUCUCCAUAGUCUUGUUUUCCUUGUAGCAGGAUGAAUCUUCCUGACAAAGGAGUAGCCGGAGUAAUGGGCCAAACAUCUGGUCGUGGAUGGAAAUAGAAUUUCUCUUUGGGAUUGUGAAUAGAAUGUAGCAAAACCAGAUUCCAGGGGAUCCGUCACGGGUCUUUUCUCCGUGACACGUGAGAGUCAGUCAGAGAAGAGGGGAUUCCACUCCCGAGGUGACAGAGCCUGAGGACCUUGACUCUUUAGCCCACCUACACACGGCAGUGCCGUUUUGAUUCAGAAUGCCAUAGCUGAGAGGAGCACCUGGGCUUUGAGCCCCUCUGUGGUAACAGAGAAGUUUCAACUCCCUUGACUGGGUGUGGCUUCUUCCAAGUGUCCAUCUCCCACUGGUCAGAGUGGCCUUGGCCUGGGCAAGUGCUUGCCUUCCUCUCGCCCCCUCUGACCAUCUGCUGGGAGGUACUACUUAGCUUAACAAAGUACAGGUGACUCAGAGGCCGUGCUCCUGACAGACACUAGAAUUGGCUUUUUUUUUUUUUUUUUUAAACAAUGGUGUGCAUGUGCAGGAGGUGGCAGAUUUGUGUGUCAGGUUACACAGGAUGUAUCCCUAAACUGCAUGACUGUUCAGAUGGCUACUGACUUGCCAGUUGUUUGCCAUCCAUUAGCAUAUUUAUUUGCUGUUCUCAACACAUGUUAAGGUACAACUGUGCUUUUCUCGAUGGUAUCUAAAAACCAUAGUACUUAAUUCCAGCAGUUGUGAGGAUGUCUCUUAGUUGUGUAAAGAAUCCGUGUCAUCACUUCAGCUGAUUUCCUCCUGUACAAGAUCUGACUUGACUGCUUCACCUCAUUGGACUCAUCAGCCAGUUUCAACUCUACUCCCAAACAAAAUUAGCUCCUCAAAAGUACUGUUCUCCUUCAGUGACGUAUAGUUACCUAAUCAAGACACCUCAUUCAAAGUCUGCCUUUGGAAAAUUUAAUAUAUUUUAAAUUAUUUUAAAAGAAA